CAAAAAUAGUGCUAUUCUGGUGCUGUUGUUUCCCUCUCAAUAUGGAAGUAAAAAACACAAACCAAUUAGAAGAAGCCACUGAUUUCAAAGCUGAAGUUAAAGCUUUUGAUGAUUCGAAACUAGGUGUCAAAGGUUUGGUGGAGUCCGGGGUUUCAAAGAUCCCACACAUUUUUCAUACUGGAAAGUUGGACAUCUGUGAAAACUCAGCUAGUGACUCCAACUUGAGUGUUCCAAUCAUAGACCUCCAAGACAUACACAUCAAUCCAGCUCUGCGUGUAGAGGUAAUUGGCCAAAUUAGAAGUGCUUGUCACGAGUGGGGAUUUUUUCAGGUAAUUAAUCAUGGAAUUCCCGUCACUGUCUUGGAUGAAAUGAUUGAUGGAAUCCGUAGGUUUCACGAACAAGAUGCUGACGUCAGAAAAGAGUUUUACACUCGUGAUUUAAAGAAAAAAGUUGUAUAUUACUCCAAUGGAACCUUGUUUAGCGGCCAAGCUGCUAAUUGGAGAGAUACAUUUGGUUUUGCUGUUGCUCCUGAUCCUUUCAAACCAGAAGACAUACCACCCAUCUGCAGAGAUAUUGUGAUUGAAUAUUCCCAGAGAAUAAGAGAUUUGGGUUUUAGGAUCUUUGAGUUGUUGUCAGAGGCACUAGGACUUGAUCCUUCUUAUCUUAAAGAGUUGGAUUGUGCCGAAGGACUCUUUAUUUUAGGUCAUUACUAUCCACCAUGUCCUGAACCUGAACUAACUAUGGGCGGUUCCAAGCAUACUGAUAGUGACUUCUUCACAUUACUUCUACAAGACCAACUUGGUGGUCUUCAAGUUCUUCACGAGAAUAAAUGGGUCAAUGUUUCUCCGAUACAUGGAGCUCUUGUUGUAAACAUCGGAGAUCUUCUACAGCUUAUCUCAAAUGACAGGUUUGUUAGUGUUUUUCACCGAGUCUUAUCGCAGAACAUAGGCUCAAGAAUUUCUGUUGCAAGCUUCUUUGUGAAUUCUUCUGAACCAAUUCAAGGAGUAUCAAAGAUUUAUGGUCCUAUUAAGGAAUUGCUUUCAGAAGAAAACCCACCUAUCUACAAAGACACUACUCUAAAAGAUUUCUUGGCGCAUUUUUAUGCAAAAGGCCUUGAUGGAACUUCUUACUUAGAGCCUUUUAAGUUGUGAAUUCAACAGGUGAAAAUGAUUUUACUACUGGCCAUGAUUUAUCUAAAUAACAAGUCACAUUUUCUGUUUGUGCUUUUAUAUGUAUCAAGUUUUAUAGACUGAAACAAAUAAAUUAUAUAUGCUUGUUAACAUUUUUGGAUUGAACUAUGGAAUUAUAACUAAGAACUUCUAAAUUAAAGGAAGUAUGAUAGAUUGUUCCAAUGUUCAGUGACUUGUUUAAGUUCAUAGAAAAGCUUCAAUAGUUUUCAAAUUUAGUAAGAAAAUGCUUAUUGAUUAACUAAUUACCAUGUUGAGUUGUUGACUAAUUAAUAAACUAUUUGAUUAACAGUAUAGACUGAAACUAUUAUAUAUGCUUCUCAACAAAUUAUUCUGUUCAAUUUAAAUGGUUAACAGUACGAAACAUCAUAUACGAAUAUUUCUAGAGUUCACAACAAUCAUCAACAACAAAUAGUAUUAUCAAUCAACACAUAAUACUCAUGGUCAGCAAUUGAAAGUGGAGGUGGGUAUCAAUGGCGUUUGUUGUUAGAAGGUGCUGGAAUUGGUGGAUAUUGGCUCCCUUUGAACCUAAUUUGGGUAUACUGAUAAGGUGAGCUUGUUUCCCCUCUUUUUAAAUACUCAUUGUCAGCUUCUCAUAGGAAAACAUAAUGAGAAUUUCUUAACCCACCUGUUUGCAAUUCUCAAAGGUGUCACAUACAAGUAUACAUGUUUUGAUUGCAGCAAGUAAUAAGUUUAAGGGUAUCGUACCCACAGGGAGUGUUACUACUUAGAUAUAACUUUGUAUUAAAACUAUUCUUUCACUUUAAGCAUAAGUAGGAAAAUAACAAUAGGUGAUAGUUUUAAGUCUAGCUUUUUGAUAAUAAUUUAAAAUAGAUAAAGAGAAUAACGUGUGUAAGAGUGAUGAGAUAAAGAUAGUUGAGUUAUGAUUCAUUAAUAUCUUUUGGUAUGUUCAUGUGUUAAUGAUGUGUGACGUCGUGACAUGCAAGGUCAGAAUGAUCUAGAAGUGUAUUUCUACUACAAUCAGUAGCAUGCAUUAAAGGGCCCGGAAAGAAAAUCUCUAAGUUCCACUUGUAACCCUAGUAUACGUCUAUUAAAAGUUCUGAUCUUCCUUAAUGAUUGUAGUUUCUUAUGUCUAAGCAACCAAUUCAAGUAAAUAUAUCUAUUAUACUCUUUCAACCAUUUCUACUCACGAAGUACACUUGUUGUUGGAUCUCUCACAACAACAAGCUUAUAUCUAUCUCUAAGAUGAUUAAUCAAAGAAAUAGAUGUUGGAGUUAUAACACAUGGUAAAGCAUUAACUAAUCACACAAGCAUAUAACAUAAACACACCAUUAAUAUUAACUUCACAUAACUCAACUAAAAGAAGUUUAACUCAUAGUGAGCUGAGUACAAACAAUGAACAUGGUUGUCAUAGGAAACAUCUUAAGACAAGAAAAUGAACAAAAGAUAACAACCUAAAAGAGACUUAGAGCAGAACUUGAAACGGCUAAGUCUUCAAGAGGAAACUCUAAUCAUGCCAGUGUUCAUCAGCAAGCACAGAGAUGGGUAAGGAGAGGAAAUGACAGCACUCUUCUGCAACACGCUUCAGGAAAAUAUAUAAACUUGGAACAAAUGCUGAACUCUUUCUAAUGUUACUUCUAGCUCCUUUUAUAGGCCAAGAAAUUAGGGUUUCUUUUCUGUCUCGGAUCAUGGGCCUAGGAUCAAGAAUAUCACCCAACUCAAUGCGAUCAGCAACGUUUCAAGCAAGACAAAGAGGGUAUUCGUACUACCGACCAAGGGGAAGGGACAAGGCGAAAUGGACAGUCAAACGCAGCAGGUGCAGGUGGCGCGCAGAGUCCUUUUGCACCAGAAUUUUGUCUUCUAGCGCUGCUUGCUUUCCACCUUGAAUUUGAAUUCAUUCCAUUAUCUUUUUCAGCGUCAUUUGAGUUUUUCCCCUCCAUCAGUGCUCCUUCAUAUUCCUUUGUUACUAACCUUCACGUGAGAUUGAUAUUUCU